ACUGUCUGUAAUAACUAAUUGCUUAUAGCAUAACUUUAUUUUGUGCUAAUAACUAAUGAGUCACGACAUGGGUCUAAUUUUUCAUGUAAAUUUGUAAUAAGUAAUAACUACCAAAUUUCAUAAAUAAUAAAUAAUAAUUAAUUCAUAAUAUAGUAUACAUACAUAGUUAACUUCCAAUUUUUUUGAUCUCUAUCUAAAAUUAACUCAUCAUUCAUCAUCCAUUAUUUUAAAUCAUUAGUUGGAUGAUACAAUAAUAUUAUCAUGUCCAGUAUAGAAUCAAAAAUUAAAAACAGAUCUGCAAAUUACAAACGUGGUAAAAACCGAGAUGUCAAUUUUCGAGACAUCAUGAGACAUAGGUAUAAAAGUCUAAUUAAGAACAAACGAGAGUCCCUUUUAGAAAAAGUUCGCAAUGUUGCGUAUGAAAUGCGAGAAAAUGAGGUCACUUCGUUUAUUGACAAGACAUGCAUAAAAAUUGAUGUGGAUGAAGAUGAUGGAUUUCAUUCUCUGGACGAAGAAGAUAAAAUAUUUGAUGAAAUUAAACAGGAAAUUUUAGAUGAAGAAAUGAAAUGGAUAUGUGAACAAGAUAUCGACUAUAAUGUAUAUUUACAGCAUUUACACAAUAGUUCAAUUGAAUGUCCUGUCUGCCGCACAGGCAACCUCAUAAAAUCAACUGUCAAUACAAUUUCUUGUGAUGUAUGCCAUACAUCCAUUCAGACAUUCCUUGAAAUUGAUGCGUUAAAAAAUAAUAUGGAAAAUACAGUUGCUGAACAUUCAUCUGUUUGUCAGUCACAAAUUGAAUGUAUUGUUUUUCCAACACCUUAUGAUAAUUCUAUGUUUAUGUUAUGUAACACCUGUCAGUUCCUUUUUCAGAUAUCAUAAGUUAGGUUAACAAUAAUAAUAAUCAUAAUAUAUAAUAAUAUGUUUAAGUUGAUGAAUUAUGUAAAACCUGUAUUCAAAUUAUUUUAAUAUAAUAUCUGUAUUUCAUUUUCUCUGUAGAUUAAAAUUUUUAACAAACAAAUAUUUUGGGUGAUUUAUAUUAAUGUAUUGACAUAAUUAUAAUAUAUAAAAUAUAUCAUAUAAUAAUAUUG